UUUAUCCCUUGGAACUCGAGGCGAGGCGUCAUUUUUCAACGCGGCAUUAUCCUUUACUUUCUCGGAACUUUGUCCCGCGCGUAAUUUUAUGCUAAGGCACGUGGAAAUCAGAUUCUCUGGUUUCGCGCGAGACCCGCGGAGAUUUAGAAAUCGCUCAUAACGUAUAGUUUCUAAUUUUGCGCGAUUGACCGCCAAGAACGCUUUGGCAGUCCCAGCAACGCUUUCAUCGAGAGGCUCGGCCGUCGAUCAAACAAACCAUCGAGCAGCAUAGAAAUACGUCCUUGCGCAAUUUUUCCACGUACGAUUUUAGCCUUUGAGUAGAGCUGCGACGAAGAGAGAUAGCCCGACAUUCUUUCGCUCUCUAGUACGUCAAUCGUACGUUUGCACACGUUCUACACGCUCUCUGUACUUUCUCUCUAUAGCGCGUCCGUCGAUUCAGUUUCGCCUCUCUGUACACGCCGCACGUCUUUGUUAGGCGCACAGCCGACUUAUGCGCUGAAACUCGAACGGCUCGAGCGCGCUCAUUGCAUCCCAAUGUGUCCUCUACAUUUGCUAAUGUACGUUUCGCAAAAUCUGAUCCUGAGCAAACUCGAUAGCGCAGUUUGCCUCUAAUGACGCUGCGCUUAUCUAUUGGUCGUUAGUCGCGCACUUAUAAACUAUAUUGAUUAGAGGCUGGAUGCGUAUUCUGCAUGCACUGGAUAGGCAAUUACCGAGAGCAGCCGAGCAAUUAGAGGGGAUUUUUUGUUAAUUGCCUUGACACGCCGGCCGAUGAUGUAUUAUUUUAUAAUUAUUCGGUGUGUUAAGUCUUUGCUUUUACGUGAACGAAUUUAUCCGGUUUUAACGAGUUAUAAAUUGGCGCCAAAUCUCGUUCGUUUUUAUCCUUGCUGUAAAUCUAUCAAUUCCGCGAUUUAUGUAUUACUCUGCACUCGACUGUCGCGAGUAAUCGUUAAUUCAAUUUCGCAGCGAAACGUUUUGAAAGACGCCUCCUCGAUUAUUAGAUUAUUAGAUAACACGAUACAGCGCGGCCGUGAAAAUUCGCAAUCCCUAUACCGAUAAUGAAAAGAUUUUCUCGCGUACAGCCUGUAACACACUGUACGUGACUGUCGACUUUUCGCGGCCUUGGCUGCAACGGCUCGCAAACGGUUUAUAAAUAAUACUGCAGCUGUAUCAAACGAAUGACUCGAACUCUCAUCGCUGCGUUCGACGUGCUAAUCCGGCCGGAACUGACUCGUCAUUGUUUUCAGGGAAACCCCCGCGUAGUUAAAUACUUACUCGGCACCGCCCACGAAAUAAGUUGAGCGCAAGACCCGAGGAUACGCAGCGGCCUUGUAACGAGCGUUUUCUAAACGGCGGUUAGAUGCGCAUAUUGACGCGCUGCUCAUAAAUUGCUAAAUUAACGGUAUAAUGACCACGGUGCAGGCGUUCAAUUUCUCACUUUUGUUAAAAAUACCGCUCCAUUAGUUCUCGAAAAAAAAAUGCAACAUAGCAUUGGCUUGGAUUAAUUUUAUUCCGCGCUUUUAUAAUUUAUGCGCAGUCGAUCCAAGUCGCCGUGUAUCGCCAGACCUCUCGGCGCCCAGAAUUCUGUCACUGAAAAUCGACCAAGAUGAAGCAAAAAUUAAACGCAGCAGCGCGUCUGGCGCGCCUCUGUCGUCGGGAGAUAACGAGCGAGAGCAUCGUCGCCGAACCUGCAUCGGCGACCUCCGCCACCAACGAAAUCCAGGCCAAGCCUUACGAGGAGAUUCCCGGACCAAAGCCUAUACCGAUUCUCGGCAACACCUGGAGGCUCUUCCCCGUGGUCGGACAGUACACGAUCUCGGACGUCGCGAGAAUCUCGCAACUGUUUUACGAGCAUUACGGGAAAAUCACGAGACUGACGGGGCUGAUCGGCAGACCGGAUCUCCUGUUCGUCUACGAUGCCGACGAAAUCGAGAGGCUGUACAGGCAAGAGGGCCCGACACCGUUCAGAGCUUCCAUGCCCUGUCUCGUCAAGUACAAGUCGGAGGUCAGGGGCAAGUUCUUCGGCGAACUGCCCGGCGUCGUUGGAGUACACGGCGAGCCAUGGAGGGAAUUCCGGACGCGGGUCCAGAAACCGGUUCUCCAGCCGCAGACAGUCAAAAAGUACAUCACGCCGAUCGAGGUGGUCACCAACGACUUCAUGAAAAGGAUCGAGGACAUCAAAGACGAGAACGACGAGGUGCCAGCCGAUUUCGACAACGAGAUUCACAAGUGGGCUCUAGAAUGCAUCGGCCGCGUCGCUCUGGACGUGAGAUUAGGCUGCCUGGGCAGCGGCGAACUGGCGCCGGAUUCGGAACCGCAGAAGAUUAUAGACGCUGCUAAGUACGCGCUUAGGAACGUUGCCACCCUCGAGCUCAAAGCUCCUUACUGGAGAUACAUACCGACACCCCUUUGGACGCGCUACGUUCGCAACAUGGAUUACUUUGUCGAAGUUUGCAUGAAGUACAUCGACGCAGCGAUAGAUCGAUUGCAGGAGAAGAAGAAAAACGGCGUUCAAAUGCACGAAUCAGAGCUGUCGCUUGUCGAGCGAAUUUUGGCAAAGGAAUCGAAUCCCAAAAUGGCCUACGUUCUCGCUCUCGACCUGAUCUUGGUCGGAAUCGACACGAUUUCCAUGGCCGUAUGCUCGAUCAUGUACCAACUGGCCACGAGGCCCGAAGAGCAGGAGAAAAUCUACGAGGAGCUCAUGAGAAUCGUUCCAGAUUCGAGCGUACCACUGACGACCAAAGACCUCGAUCAGGCUAGCUACAUGAAGGCUUUCAUCAAGGAAGUUUUCAGGAUGUACUCGACCGUCAUUGGGAACGGAAGGACGCUUCAGAACGACACGAUUAUCUGCGGGUAUCACGUACCCAAAGGAGUUCAAGUGGUGUUCCCUACUUUGGUAACCGGCUGCAUGGAGCAGUACGUUGACGACCCACACACCUUCAAACCCUCGCGCUGGCUCAAAGAAGGAGCCGAUCAGAAGCUGCACCCGUUCGCCUCACUGCCCUACGGAUACGGAGCCCGUAUGUGCCUUGGACGAAGAUUCGCCGACCUCGAGAUGCAGGUUCUCCUCGCCAAGCUCAUUCGAGAAUACAAAAUCGAGUACAACUACGAGCCACUCAAGUACAAAGUGACCUUCAUGUACGCACCAGACGGUGAGCUCAAAUUCAACAUGAUCAACAGAAAUCGAGUGCAGCAGCAGCAGCAACAACAGCGGAAGAAUAUCAACUAGACUGGCAACUUACGAUGACUUGGAGCUCGAAUUUAUUCAUAUGCACAAGAGCCCGCAGGCGUACAUUAUGAGUGCCUGCAGGUUGGAGCUUGCAAGCUUACAGAAUCAAGACUUUUUUUGUACAAAUUUUUUAGACACGAUCUUUGUGUAUACGAAUGUAUUUAACGGUCAUGCUUAUAUUAUAUUAAAACUAGUAAUAAACACCUUACUGCGAA